AUGCAGCCAGGGAAUCAGUCGGCGGUGAAGGAGUUUGUCCUGCUGGGCCUCUCCCAGGCCAGAGGGGUCCAGCUCUUCCUCUUUGUCCUGUUCCUUGCCUUCUACUCGCUGGUCCUGCCAGGAAAUGUCCUCAUCAUCCUGACCAUCCGCAGCGACCCUCGCUUGGGCUCCCCCAUGUACUUCUUCCUGGCCAACCUGGCCUUCCUGGAUAUCUGCUACUGCUCCGUCACCCCUCCCAAGAUGCUGGCCGACUUCUUCUCCAGCCACAAGACCAUCUCCUACAGAGGCUGCUUGGCCCAGCUCUUCUUCCUCCAUUUGCUCGGGGGAUCGGAGGUCUUCCUUCUCAUCGCCAUGGCCAUCGAUCGCUACGUGGCCAUUUGCCACCCCUUGCAUUACUCGAGUGUAGUGAGCAGGCCAGUCUGCAGUGCCAUGGUGGUGGGAUCCUGGUUCUUGGGAUUUGUGCACUCCAUUAUCCAGGUCAUCUUGAUUAUUCCCCUCCCUUUCUGUGGCCCCAACAAGCUGGACAAUUUCUUCUGUGACAUCACCCAGAUGGUGAAAUUGGCUUGCACAGACACCUACGCCCUGGAGCUCUUCAUGUUUGUGAACAGUGGCCUUUCCACCCUGAUUGGCUUCAUCCUGCUUCUCAUCUCCUAUGGGAUCCUGCUGGUCAAGGUGAGGACAGGCUCAAGCCAAGGGAAGAGCAAAGCUGCCUCCACAUGUAUCACCCACAUGAUCAUUGUGUUUGUCAUGUUUGGUCCUGCCAUCUACAUCUACUGCCGUCCUUUCCAGGACUUUCCUUUUGACAAGGUCGUGGCCGUAUUCCACACCAUGGUCUUCCCCUUGAUGAAUCCCAUGAUCUACACUUUGAGGAAUAAGGAGAUCAAGCAAGCCAUGAGGAGGCUGUUGAGCAAAUAUGUCUUGUGUAGAGAGACUCUUAGUAGCUAG